GUUGGGGCAAACAUAUCACGAACGGUUCGAUAGGGGCACAACUUUAAUUGAAAUUAAUUCUACAUUUAAAUUUGGUUACCAAAAUAAUGUUGUCGCUGGACGAGCUACUGUUCCGCAAUUUUGAGGACCUAAAACACUUUAAAUUCGACGACGAAAAGCACUCCACAAUCACAUCCAGAGAACAGCGAAAAACUGAAGAGUCUGUGGAGAAAUGCUACGAUCGCUUCAACCAUGUACAAUUUACAAAUCCGGGUGCAUCCCAGCUAAAUCGCACACAGCAUCUGCAGUAUUUGGAAAUUAUGCUGCACAAACUGCCGUGGAACUAUGAGUGUCUGGACAGCAGUCGUCCCUGGUGCAUCUAUUGGAUACUGCAGUCGUCGAAACUGCUCGGCUACAACUACGACGACAAGUAUCUCGAGGACAUCGUUCAAUUUCUCAUCAAAUGUCGGGCACCCACGGGUGGGUUUGGUGGCGGACCCGGACAAUAUGCUCACCUGGCGCCAACCUAUGCGGCCGUCAACAGUCUGUGCAUCAUUGGCACCGAGAGCGCAUAUCGUGCCAUCGACCGGGAGUCACUUGUGAGGUUUCUGUUCAGUGUGCGCGAUGUUGACGGCUCCUUUCGCCUGCACGUGGACGGUGAGAUAGAUGUGCGUGGCACCUAUUGUGCCAUCUCCUGCGCCAAGCUAACCAACAUGCCCGAAUCGAUCUUAAGCGAAUUAUUCCGCGGCACGGCGGAUUGGAUUGCCAGCUGUCAGACAUACGAAGGUGGUUUUGGUGGCGCGCCCGACUUGGAGGCGCACGGUGGCUACACGUUUUGUGGCAUCGCCAGCCUGGCGCUGCUGAACGAGGCUGACAAGUGCGACAAGAAGGCGUUGCUCCAGUGGACACUGCGCCGCCAGAUGAGCUACGAGGGUGGCUUCCAGGGACGCACCAAUAAGCUGGUUGACGGCUGCUACUCGUUUUGGGUUGGCGCCACCAUUCCCAUCACGCAGGCCACGCUGAUCGGUUCAUCCAGGGACAUGGAUCAGACGCUGUUCGAUGUUGGAGCGAUGCAGGAAUACAUUUUGCUCUGUUGCCAGAAGCCAAACGGCGGCCUCAUCGAUAAGCCCGGCAAGCCACAAGAUCUUUAUCACACUUGCUAUACGCUGAGUGGAGUUUCGAUUGCACAGCACUCGGAAUGCGCCCAUCAGCCCCAGGUGCUUGGUGACCCUGUGAACAGUCUUUUGCCCACCCAUCCGCUCUUUAAUAUACCACCGAACUCAGUGGCUGAUGCCCUCAGAUAUUUCUCAAAUAAUUCCAACGCAAAAGAUUCGGCUUACAACGAAAGUACCUGAAGAACGCAGUGCUGAACGAUGUACAUACUUAAAUAAACGAAGAGAGAUAAAGUGGGCAAUCAAAUAUUUGUAACUUGUACUUGUACACAAUACUAAAUUUUCUUAAUGCAACUGAAUUAUUUUCGAAAAUUAUACAAAAGUUCGCUUAUUGAAUGUUAA